UCGUACAAAUUCGACCGUUGCACAAGUCAAAAGCCCCAUAUCUCCAACCUUCCAAAAGACCCCUCUCUCCCUCCUCCUCGCUAUCUCUCUCUUUCUCGGCAAAUCGAUGGCUGAUCAGAGUACAAACCCACUAAUCAUGGACGCCAAAUCCGUGCACCCACUUCACCAGAUCGCAGAAACGCCAACCCACAGGCUCCUCCUGAAGCAGUGGCUCAAAGAAGAAGAGCUCAUCCUCAACCGCAUCUCCCUCAAGGAGACCCAAAUCGAUGGAGUUCGAAGAGAGAUCACACAACUCUACUGCUUCUUCUUCAUCUUCCACUCCACUCUCCUCAUCCUCCUCUUCAACAAUUCAUCCUCAAACCCAAAUGGUAGUGCUUGCCACAGGUCCUGGAUCCCAUCUCUCUGCUCUCUUCUCUGCUCUCUAGGCCUCAUUUGGGCUGUUCGGUACAAGACUGAUGUCGAAAGCCACAUGGAGAAGCUACUGGAGAGGGAGAAAGAGGAUGGGAAGCUACUGGGGAAGUGUGUCGAGGAGUUGAAGAAAAAGGGGGUCGAAUUCGAUCUGUUAAAGGAGGUGGACGCGCUCCGGAGGGCUAAGAGCUUGCGGGUGGAGGCGAAGGCAGUGCGCAAAUGGUCGGCGAGGGACUUUGUGACCUUUUUCUUCUUCACUGUGUCUUGCCUGGUUCUGGGUCUUGUAAGGGUGAUUUUAUGUAAUUAGGGUUUUUUUUUUCUUCCCUUCAUCAUCAGAAUACUUUUUGUUUUGGGGUUGGCAGAAGAUUCUUUGUUUCUACCAUUAAAUUGCAGGAAAAUUGGUGUUUGGGUGGGGAAGAAAAUGCAGAAUAUACUGUUCUGCUUUUGUAAUUUGGGGAACCCAUAUGGAGAAUCACGGAAUAAAAUUGGAUUUUUAAUUUACUA